GUUCGCCCCGCCCCCGAGGGGUCAGGGGUCACCGAAUGGCCGGAGAUCGGCCGGUCGUCGCGGGUACCCAGUCUUGGGCCCAUGGCGCCCGCGCAGCGUUGUCCUCUGUGCCGCCAGACCUUCUUCUGUGGUCGCGGACACGUGUAUAGUCGCAAGCACCAGCGGCAGCUGAAGGAGGCUUUGGAGCGGCUCCUGCCCCAGGUGGAGGCCGCCCGCAAAGCCAUCCGCGCCGCUCAGGUGGAGCGUUACGUGCCGGAGCACGACCGGUGCUGCUGGUGCCUGUGCUGCGGCCGUGAGGUGCGGAAACACCUGAGCCACGGAAACCUGACCGUGCUGCACGGGGGGCUGCUGGAGCAUCUGGCCAGCCCGGAGCACAAGAAAGCAACCAACAGAUUCUGGUGGGAGAACAAGGCAGAGUUCCAGAUGAAAGAGAAGUUUCUGAUCUCCUCCCAAGACUAUGCACGGUGCAUGCCGAAGUUUUCAGUUAAGUCUCAUGAUGUUCUAAAGCCCAUUUUUGAUUUGGAAAAAGGAAAUGUUUGCAUAGAAGAGAAGUGGAGCCAGUAUGGCAAAAUGUUAACAGUGAAUCUGGUUGAAAGAUUCAAGAAAUCCAUGGUGAAAGGUUUGGAUUCCUAUGAGGAAAAAGAGGAUGAAGUAAUCAAAGAGAUGGCAGCUCAGAUCCGUGAGGUGGAGCACAGCCGGCAGGAGCUGGUUCGGUCUGUCUUAGAGCCUCAGGCAGUGCCAGACCCAGAAGAAGGCUCUUCAGCGCUUGGAAGCUGGAAAGGGACCAACAGUCAAGUGGCCUCCGCCUCGCAGCAGCCUUCCUACUUGGACCUACCACCAGCAGCCCCGGAGCUUGACUGGAUGGAAACAGGACAACCUUUGACAUUCAUUGGCCAUCAGGACACGCCAGGAAUUGGUAAUAUCCACUCAGGAGCUACACCUCCCUGGAUGGUCCAAGAUGAGGAAUACAGCUCUGGAAACCAACAAAUAGGGCCCUCCUAUGAAGAAUUUCUUAAAGAAAAAGAAAAACAGAAAUUGAAGAAACUCCCCCCAGACAGAGUUGGGGCCAACUUUGAUCACAACACCAGCACCAGUGUAGGCUGGCUGCCCUCUUUCGGCCGCGUCUGGAAUAAUGGACGCCGCUGGCAAUCUAGACAUCAAUUUAAAACGGAAGCUGCGGCAAGGAGCAAACAGUCACAUAAAGAAAAAAAGCCAAAUGUUUCCUGAUACUUUUCCAACCACCAUGAGGCACAAAGCCAAGCCAACAAACCCAUACCUGCUCUUCUCUCUUAUCCUUUGUAACUGCUUUUCUUAGGAAAAGACAAAUACCCACUUAUUUGAUUUAAUAAAGUUUUAUUUUCCAAAAUGUA